AUGAAGCCACGCAUGAGACAAGCUCUACUUAAUAGUCAAUAUACCACCGCGAAAUCAAUGAGCCAAAGAGGUACAAGAUUCAUAACUGAGAAGUUUACUCAGGAGAUGAGCAGACAGCACACGAGCGAGACGCCAAGGGAUAUUCCAGUCAGGAUAUAUUUGAAGAAUAUGAAUUUAAAAAAUAAAUAUGAGACUCCAGUGAGGAUACACUUGAAGAAUGUAUAUGCUACUCUCACCCUUGCUACCAUAGCAGCCUCUGUUGGUGGCUAUGCCCACAUGUUCAGCACAUUUAUUAGUUCUGGAUUCAUGACUUUUCUGAGUGCCAUUUGGGUAUUAAUAUUACUCGUAUUUACACCUUAUGAUGGCAAAAACCAGCUGCAGAGACUUUCUCUCCUUGGUAUCUUUGCCUUCUUGACUGGCUGUAACCUUGGCCCAUUUUUGAAUCUGGCUGUGACUAUCAACCCUGCAUUGGUUUUGCAAGCUCUGCUCGGCGCAAGUGUGAUAUUUGCUUGCUUCUCCCUAUCAGCUCUCUAUGCUCCUGAUGGUCAUUACCUCUAUCUAGAGGCAAAUUUGUACAUUGGUCUAGCAGUCAUGUGUGGUUUUAUAGUCUAUGACACUCAGUUCAUUGUUGAGAGAGCACGCCGAGGAGAUAUGGACUAUGUGAUGCACAGUUUGAAUCUAUUCGUUGACUUUGUUGGAGUAUUUUGGCGCCUUCUCAUGAUCCUUACAAAUAAGGUGAAGCAUUUAUUUGAAGAUCUACUUUACUGUCAUUUUUACUGUUAA